GUAAUUCUACCAACCAUUCAGUGUUUGUUCGUGCAACGGGAAAGAUAGUUUAUGCAUUAAAUAUUAGUAAAUAUUUUUAAAAAUGGUGUGUGACGCAAAGUUUACAAAACAGACAGUGGAAACCGGAAAGGUUUUCAUUGUCACAGGAGCCAAUAGUGGCAUCGGAAAGGAGACAGCUCUAGAAAUUGCCAAAAGAGGAGGAACUGUCUAUAUGGCCUGCCGGGACUUAAAUAGAUCUGAAGAGAUCCGGGUGGAAAUAGAAAACAUUUCGGGGAAUUCAAAUGUUUUCGUGAGAGAAUUGGACUUGAGUUCUUUGGAAUCGAUUCGCCAGUUCGCAGAAAGUUUCAAAAAAGAGCAGGAUAAGCUCCACGUCCUGAUCAACAAUGCUGGGGUAAUGCACACCCCAAAAACCCUUACUAAGGAUGGGUUUGAAUUGCAGUUGGGUGUUAAUCACAUCGGCCACUUUCUGCUCACUCAUUUACUGUUGGAUGUUUUAAAGAAAUCGGCGCCUAGUCGCAUAGUCAACUUAUCAAGCGCUGCCCAUUUGCUUGGUUCCAUCAAUAUGGAUGACUUGAACAGUGAACAACCCUACAGUCGCAUCGGAGCCUACAACCAAAGCAAACUGGCCAAUGUUUUGUUCACCAGGGAGCUGGCAAGGAGGUUGGAAGGAACCGGUGUAACCGUCAAUGCCGUACAUCCAGGCGCCGUGAACACAGAACUGGCAAGGACUUGGAGCCCCGCCGUAAAGAUUGCUUUAACUCCAUUGAUGUGGGCUUUUAAAACACCGAAAAGUGGAGCUCAAACUUCUCUUUAUGCCGCACUGGAUCCUGAUCUGGAACUGGUUACUGGUCAGUACUUUAGCGGCUGCAAGCCAGCGAAUGUGGCAUCUGCUGCCAAGGACGAUAAAACUUCACAGUUCUUGUGGUCUGAGAGCGAGAAGUGGACUGGGAUCGAAGUAUACUAAAAAUUUAUAUUGAAAUUGUGAAAAAUUAAUUGUUAUGUUUUAAAAUACAUGAUCAAAAUAUA